AUGGAAGAGCUCAAGCAGGUGGACCAUUAUGGUGGGAUGGUGCUGGACUAUGUUCAAGUUGCAGUGAACAGUGUCGGGCUGAGUUAUGACAUGGACACGAGUCUGUCUUUCAAGAUCACAAAGAUGAUCGAAGUGCACCGAAAAAGCGUAGCAGAUGAGAGCACCAGCUUCGCAUUCUUCGGAGUGGCGCUCCUGACCCUGAUCUGCCUCGGCGUGCGGCUCAAGGGAUCGACAGUCUUCUCCACGAAGCUCGUCUGCCUCUUCCUCAGCGCGAUGGUCAGGAACGCGACCAUGACUGGUGGAGAUGUCGGAAACUUUAGAAUGCCGGUGGAGGGAGCUGUGAUGCUCGCCUUCUCCCUCGCCUCGCCCGUCCUGUUCAAGUUCUUCCCCAAUGUCGUCACCAAGCUCUCCUUCCCCCUAGACAUGUUCACAGCAGGCCUCUUCUUCUCUGCUGCCUGCGACUCGGGCUACUCCAAGCUGGCCAUGCUAAUCCCCAUCAUGGGGAUGACGUUGAGGUCUACAUUCGCCUGUACCGAGAUGAAAUCUAUGGAAGAGCUUCCUGUCGUGUUCAUCAGCCUCAUCUCCUUCUAUCUGCGACAGUCCUGGGGAAGGAGGAGAAAUGCGUAUGACUGGCCCGACCAGAGGGGAAGACAUCCUCCUUCUCAUCAACAUCAGAAGGUGAAACCGCGAGCUCCUAAGGUGGCUCCGAUGAUCCGAGAGGUCCAUGACGGCAAAGGAGGAGUACAGGGUCUGUCGUUUGUGAAGGAACUUCAGCUUGUGGACGAGGAUGGAGACGAGGCGAUGGAAUUCUUUGAGGUGACGGACGAGGGUCUAAGGAAGAGAGUUCCCCAUAACAAUACCUAG